AUGCCACCUGCAGUGUCUGCCACUCUCACGCAAGGGCAUGCCAUAUCUGCCACCUUGAAGGAACAGCUACAGCAACUGAUGGACAAUAUCAGCCACUUGGAUAGUGCCCUGCACAUGGGCUUUGCUUCAGAUUUGAUGGCCUCAGCAGUGUUGACUGAGCUCUCACACACUCAAUGA